GGUUCAUCUUCAAUCAGCACCUGUGUUUGUCAAUAUAAAAGUUAGCAUUUAUACGCCGCUUCAAUUUUACAAUAGGACGGAAGUAAAUAACAGAAGUACCUAAUUUGUAUAGCAUAUUUAGUAAAAUGAUAAGACAGCGUAGAAAAAGAAGUACAGAAGAGAACGCGGCAUUUCCAGCAAAGGACAAAGAAAAUACUGACCUGGAUGACAAUCCGCCGAAACGCCGUAGUGCACGUUUGACGCGUAACACACGCUCGAUGGCUGAAGAUGACAUUGUAAUUCCGGAAGAAAUAGAAAUUAAGCGCAAACUUCCGUUUAUAAAGUACAAGGGCACUAUUAAAUACCAUACAGAAGGACAUGAAAUAGCUGAAGCGUCAGACCUAAUCUUUCAGUGGGUAGAAAAGCAAGUGCAUACUGAAUUGGUGCCAAUGGCGUUUGACAUGGAAUGGCCAUUUUCUUUUCAAACUGGACCGGGCAAAUCUGCCGUUAUACAAAUAUGUGUCGAGGAGCACUGCUGUUACAUAUUUCAAUUGACCAAUUUGAAACGCCUGCCUGCUGCGCUGGUAGCACUGCUAAAGCAUCCAAAAGUUCGACUACAUGGUGUAAACAUAAAAAAUGAUUUUCGCAAGCUGGCUCGUGAUUUCCCAGAAGUAAACGCAGAUCAUCUUAUUGAAAAGUGUGUAGACUUGGGUGUUUGGUGUAACCAAGUGUGUCAAACUAGUGGACGUUGGAGCUUAGACCGCUUGGCAAAUUAUGUUGUAGAGCAAACUGUAGACAAAAACAAAAAAGUACGCAUGAGUAAAUGGCAUGUCAUACCACUGGAUGAAAACCAACUUCUGUAUGCAGCUAUCGAUGUCUACAUUGGACAAGUUAUUUAUCGAGAAUUGGAGAAACGUGAACAGAUAAAGCUCAAAAACGAAGUGGAAUUCAAAGAGAAAAAUGGUGAAGCAGCAUUCAAAGCUAUUAAGGCGUUGGGUGAAACCUUUUUAAAUAAAGCUGAAGAGAUUGCCUUGGCCGAUUCGGGAAAGCAAGUGGCUAAAACAAUAGAGUAACAGUUGAAGUAUUACAAUUAACACUUUUUACUAAAUUUUACACACUUUUAUAACUAAAUUCUUCUUUAUUUGCGUAGACACCGCUUACGCGGUUAUAGCUUAAUUUAUUAUUAGUAGUAUUUUUUUUUUUUUUUUAAAUUUUUAUGCAAUUGACUUCUAUAAUACAAAGGUAUUUUACAAAUGUUUAAAUGGCCAAAAUAUAUUUAUUGGUAUACACUGUU